AUGGACAGUCGCGUGCUGAAACCUGUGAUCGAGAAGAAAAGGAGAGACAGGAUAAAUCAGAAGUUGCAUGAACUCAGAGUUUUGUUGCUGAGAUGCACCCAAGACCAGCGUCUGCAGAAUCCUAAACUGGAGAAGGCUGAGAUAUUAGACCUGGCUGUUCUGUACCUCAGGAGAGACACAGAAAUCCAACAAAACGAAUCUCUGGGGCAGUAUUCCCCCGUCGAAGACAUCAACCCAGUCUUUGUCACCUCCACACCUAAGCCCUCCCAGGACCAGUUUGCUCCGAUCUACCAGCGUCUACCCAACAUGUCCACUACUUAUGUCACCCACAAUAACGGCCACUCCUCCGAGCCCCACGACCCUGAGGCCGAGGAGGUCAGCAAGCUGAGGCUGUGCCUGGACGGCCAUUUGUCCCACCACCAGGGGCGCAGCACGAGAGGUCGUCACCUUCCUGGCAGAGGUGGUGGUCAUCUUGACUCCAGCUCAGUGGUGACUACAUCGGAGCAGCUGACCCCGCCACACUCCCCGUCCCUGUCCUGCUCCUCUCCCAACAACACCUCCUCCUCCAUCUCCACCUCCCCGCCCCCCUCUCCCUCCUCGCCCUCGUUGUCCUCCUCCUCAUCCCCCCAUCCACAUCCUCAUCCCUUCCCUCUGCCCUGCUAUGAUCGCCACUCUUCAUCACACAGGGCUUUUUCCUCAGACAGCCACAGUCAGCUCUCCCUAUCACCUUCCUCUUCAUCGUCCUCUUCAUCAUCAGGUCCAGCCAGAGCUCUGUCCUUCACGAGUCGUCAUUCGGCGCUACAGUCUCAUUCUGCCACCAGAGGGCGAAGUUUGGCUUCGCCCAUAAGCGCUACUACAGCAUGGAGGCCCUGGAGCUGAGGACCUGUGGUGCUAGGGGUGGGGGUGGGAGCGCGAGUGGGAGUCUGGAGAACUAUUCGAAGGGCCGAACACUGGCUGCCCGUUGAGGACUAUUAAAAUGAUAUUGCUCGCAGAAACGGUCAAAUUUCAUGGGGCCCAGGAGUUCUUUCCCUGGCCCCUGCUGCGAAGUGACCCUGCUUUUGCAACAUACGUGUGACCAAAUGCUCUGUGUGACAAAUGCUCUCUGGACAAAUGUGGCCAUUCAAGACAACGUCUCUACCACUUAGCUCACUCCACCCCACUCCACUCCAAGCAGGGUGCCCCCUACAGGGCAUGUGUUGAGGUGCUUAGCAGGCAGUCCUUGGAUAAGGACAGAAAUGGACGAACUGUAUUGAGACAG